AUGUCCUCACAUCCAGCCCUCACUGACUUGCGUUGCACUAAAUGUGCCGUGACCUUUACGCAAAAGUCGUCGUUAGUACGCCAUUCCAAGCGGUGCCUAGCAAAUGUUCGCAGUGCUCCACGCCAGAAAUCUUGCGAGCAGUGCAUCCGUGCCAAGUCCCGCUGCACGCUGACGAGGCCUGAAUGUGAGCGCUGUUUGGACAAGAGACUCUCUUGCUACUAUGCGUCAAGGCAACGUGGGAAUCAUGGAAGUAACAAACGAGAUGCAAGACAAUGUCCAACUCCUAGUGCUUCAGAAUCAUCAUCCGCUCCUGGCAGCUCUACGGAUCUACUAUUAACCCACAGUGACUCAACAACCGUUUCUCUCAAGCUCCAGUCCCCUGUCGACCUCGGGCCGAUGGGCAGAUUUCCAGGAUUAAUACAGAGAGCCGGGAGCAUUGAACAGCAUGCCUUGCAACAUACUAUCCGAGUACUGAGAACAUAUCCACGCAUGCUAUCAGCGCAGACGCAGCUACCGCCGUUUGUACAUCAUCGCCAGACAGAACGAAGUGUGCUGCCUCUAGCCUUAAAAAAAUGCCACGACAUUCUCGCUCAGAAUGAGCGUCAGCAAAAUUCUCUGCAAGAAGAAGUCAUGAAAGAAAUUGCGAGUUUAAACAAGAUCAAAACGCUUAGAACCGCGGAAGAUCUCCUUGCAUCUGCACAAGCCUUUGUAAUCUAUGCAAUUUUAUGCUUGUUUCCUGAUGAGGGCUCUAUGCAGCCCGAAAUUAACGAAGAGCAACUCAUUCUGGAUAUAUCCGAGUUUUCGCUCCAGCUAGCAUCUAGCGGCUUGGCUUUGCACGAAGAAACAGUUGAUAGCCAAAUUCCCCAAUGGCAUGAUUGGGCAAUCAUCUCGGCAAAGAGGCGCACCAUCCUAACUAUUUAUAUGCUGACUUGGGCAUGGUCUGUUUUGCGUAAUUAUCCUUCGUUCUACUGCCAUGAGCUACAGUUGAUGUUUGCACCAUCUCCAAAGGCACUUUGGCAAGCCCAGGCUGAGACAGAAUGGUUAUCGCUGUAUCGGAAGUGGUUACAAAGGUGGAAGGGAGAUGGGUACAGGAUUGGAGAAUUGCUUUCAAUUUCACCAAAGCAGAUGAUCGAUAGGAGGACAGAGGAUUGGCUAGAAGAAGUUGAUGAAUUCGGCAUGUUAUUAAUGUCUCAAGUCAAUGCUAUAUAG